ACCAUUUAGCAUCAAACCAUGUGACGGUCUUAAUUGUCAAAAUGGCGGAAGUUGUGAUUCAUCCGUGUCACCAGCCUGUUGUAUAUGUGUCGGGAAUUACUUCGGUGACAGAUGUGAAAAUAUUAAUGGUGGAUGGACAGAAUGGUCAGUCUGGAGCGAUUGUCCGGAUACUUGUGGUGAUGAGGACCUUACUAGGACUAGAUCCUGCACAAAUCCUGCUCCAGAAAACAACGGAACAGUUUGUCAAGGGCACACCUCGGAAAAAAUUUCAUGUACUACAGCAAAAUGUCCAGUUAAUGGGGGAUGGACAGAAUGGUCAGUCUGGAGUGAUUGUCCAGAAACUUGCGGUGAUGAAUACCUGACAAGGACUAGAUCCUGCACAAAUCCUUCUCCCGAAAAUAACGGGACAGAUUGUCAACUAAGCAACACGGAAACACUUUUAUGUUCUACAG